AUGAACUACAAUAUUGAGGGGCUUGAAAAGAUUAAUGCCAUGGUUGUUGAUUAUAGAUCCUAUCACAGUGAACUAGUUAAAGAUCUUGGAGGAGAUGAUAUGGUUGCUGGUGAUAGCAAAACCAUUGGACCCAACUCUAGAAACCAGGAGCAGAAGCAGCAACAAGGUCAACCCGGAUUCAUUAGCCUCGACUGCGGAGGCACCGAAAACUACACAGAUGAUGCUGGAAUACAAUGGAUGCCAGAUGACCCUUACAUCAAUUCUGGACAGAAAUUUAAUCUUUCAAAUGCUGCUGUUGGAGGAGAAGGAUCUAGGCAAUUGACUAGCCUUAGAAGAUUUCCCGAGAAAAGGAAAAGUUGUUACCAGUUAACGCCAGUGCAGAUUGGAACAAAAUAUCUUCUCCGUGGAACAUUCUUUAAUGGGAACCAUGACAAUCUUAGCUCACCUCCACAGUUUGAUCUCCUUUUGGACUCCGACGUUUGGUACAGCUUCUCAUUUAGUGAUCCAAACGAAUUAGUUGUUCAGAAAGAAAUCAUUUUAAUGGCAAAGUUCGAUCCAACUAAUGUCUGCCUUGCCCGAAAUAAUCUGAGUAUUGGAUCACCCAUCAUUUCUUCUUUGGAACUGCGACCUCUCAAUCAUAACAUGUAUUGGCCUGUCAACAGAGAUUUUUCACUAUUGAGGAUAGUGUACAGCAACUAUGGACCUCAAGGUUCUAGCGACCUCAGGUACCCGGAUGACCAAUUUGAUAGACUUUGGUAUCCAUCUUCACUAGACUUUCCAACUAUCACAACCAGUAUGGAAGUAUCUAUGGGAGUGGCUUAUGACCAACCUCCAUCUCUUGUCAUGCAAGGAGCAGUAACAAGCAACCCCAACUCCCCCUCAGUGAUAUCUAUACCUUUGCAGCAGAGUGCGCGAUAUGGAAACCUUUAUAUUUCUGUGUAUUUCGCUGAGUUGAAAGCUGAUUUGAAUGCAACAAGUCUUCGAGAAUUUGACUUCUUUCUAGAUGAUAAAAAGCUUAAUAGUGAUCCCAUUCAGCCCAAAUAUCUGCAAUCAUCAAAUGUAUCUGUCCGCGUACCAUAUGGCAUUACUAAUAGUAUGGCAUUUUGCUUCCAAGCAACAAAUCGUUCCACUUUGCCUCCAAUAGGAAAUGCUCUUGAAUGGUAUCGUCAAAGUUCUCAAAAUCAACAAGGAACAUUCACUAAAGAUGUAGAAGCCAUAAACAUUGUUCAACAACAAAUAAACUAUUCUUAUGUCGGUGAUCCAUGCUUGCCCACACAACAUUCCUGGGAUUGGUUAACUUCCAGUAAUGAUAUAUCACCUAGAAUUGUGAUUUUGAAUCUAGCAAGCAGAGGCUUAACUGGUAGUAUUCAGGCUAAAAUUAGCAGUCUUACAGCAUUGGAAAUUAUUGAUCUCUCUGACAACAAUUUAAACGAAGCGAUACCUGAAUCGCUGGCUAGUUUGACAAACUUGAAGAAAGUUGAUCUGGAGAACAACGACCUCACGGGAACAGAGCCUGCAGCUUUGGAAAGUAAGAAGAACCUAAACCUCAGUCUUUCCGGAAAUGUGCAUCUCUGUUACGAAGGUCACAAUUUUUGUAGAAGGAAAUCCACAAAAAAAGGUUUGAUUAUCGGUUUGGUUGUUGCUGGUGGUGUGAUAGCACUAUUCAUCGUUUGCUGCAUUGCCGUAGUAAUAAUUCGCAAAAAUUUCAGAAGAAGCGAAGAUGCAGAAUCCUUGGUUGCCCCAUAUUCGCAAAUUGUAAUCGAAGCAAUUUCCAGAGAAUAUAGCUACGAAGAGGUCAAAGAAAUGACUAAUGAUUUUAGUACGGAAAUUGGGCGAGGAGGAUAUGGACCUGUAUACUACGGCAAGUUAAAUAUCGGAAGGGAGCUAGCCGUCAAAAGAUCCUCAGAAACUUCUACACAAGGGACACAUGAAUUUAAAACGGAGGCUGUCUUGCUUUUGAAAGCGCACCACAAAAAUCUUGUGUCUUUAGUAGGCUAUUGCUGUGAAGGAGCACAUCGAAUAUUGAUUUACGAGUUUAUGCCCAAUGGAAAUUUGCAUCAACUUCUCUAUGGCAAUCUUCUGCUCUGUUUUUAUUCUUAUGUCACAGUUAUAAUCUAG